UAGGGCAUUGGCCUUCAAGAACUUCUUCACAUCUCGGUAGCAUUACACACCUUCUUGCUUUCUUACAUACAUCGAAACCGGCCAAAGCUAACUGAAACAAUUCUUUUCCAGAACAUGCCAAGAGAUCGUGACCCUUUGGUUGUUGGGAGAGUCAUCGGCGAUGUCGUUGACCCAUUCUCGAGGUCAAUUUCGAUUAGAGUUACUUACUCCACCAAGGAAGUUAACAAUGGUUGUGAGCUCAAACCCUCUCAGGUGGUAAACCAACCAAGAGUUGAGAUUGGUGGAACUGAUCUUCGAACCUUCUUCACUUUGGUUAUGGUGGAUCCUGAUGCUCCUAGCCCUAGUGAUCCUAAUCUUAGGGAAUACUUGCAUUGGUUGGUGACUGAUAUUCCAGCUACAACAGGGGCAACCUUUGGCCAAGAGAUAGUAUGCUAUGAGAGUCCAAGACCAACGGUGGGGAUACAUCGAUUUGUGCUAGUUUUGUUUAGACAACUUGGAAGGCAGACAGUGUACGCACCAGGUUGGCGCCAGAAUUUCAACACAAGAGACUUUGCUGAGCUUUACAAUCUUGGUUUACCAGUUGCCGCUGUUUAUUUCAAUUGUCAAAGGGAAAGUGGUUCUGGUGGAAGGAGAAGAGUCCAAGAUGAUUAUUAACUAACUUAUAAUUAAACCCACUUUUACACCUUUUAUCACAUUAUUAUUAUUAAAAAAAAAAUAGUUUCUUCUUAUUAUUAUUAUUCAACUAUAUACUUAAACAGGUGAUGGGGGUUGAGGGGUUAAUAAGGGCAAAAUGCUUUGUUGUUUAAUUGCCCUAUGUACUAGAUAAUAUUUGUAAUAAGGUCAUUUGAUAUAUUAAUAUUAGAGUUUAUUAGUUUUGUUAGUUUUUAUUUUGUUACAUUCUGUUGUUAUUAGACAGUUGUAUCAAGUGGCUAUAUACGCCCUUUUUCAUCAUUAAUAAAAUAAGAAGGGUUUAUUUA